UUUGUCAACUGGUUAGUAAAAGGCCGACUCAUGCACAUUUAAGGCGUUUUCAUUUGCCCUUCGGCAUGCCCAGAGCCUUUUGGCAGUGAGUCAGCAAUGAGAAUAUAAGAAUUAUGCCUAACUUUGGAUACAUCAGUAUCAUUGCUGAUGGCCACCAUGUGGACGCUAGUCAUUGGCAUCAUUUUACUAGUACCUCUGGAAAGCAGUAGUACAAUAAGUAUUAUCAACGAGCUGGUGCAAGAGUCGAGCUCUUCGAUAUUCAUAAUACGACAGGAUCAUUGCCCGCAGAGCUGGCUGCAGGAGCUACUUUUGAAGCCUCCAGUGCCGGUGGUAUUGCAACCAUUGACUAACAUAACAGCUGGAAAUGAAUUUUCGCGUGUGCUUUGUAUAGUCUGCUUUCAGGAAAACGACUUGCCUGAGGAACAGUUGAACUCAUUAUUACACAAUAUUCGCAAAGAGCGCAUCGUCUUCUACUUGUCGUCGGGAGAAUUCAACUCAACGUCUCUUGAUCUACUACGGUUCUUAAUGAUGCAAUGCUAUAAACUGAGAAUAUUGCAUAUUAUUGGACUAUUGGCAGAGGAUAACGAGCUAUUUUAUUACCGUUAUUAUCCCUACCCGGAGUUUAAAGUGGAACAGCAUCCGAUACAACAGAGACCAUUCUAUGCGGAGAAGUUCUUCAACAUGAAACAGCAGCCACUGAUUGUGUUACCUGACCAAAAACAUCCACGUACCAUCAUCUACAAAGAUUGGCGAACAGGAGCGCAGGUAUUAGCCGGCUCCGUGGGUCGUUUUGUGAACACUUUAGUCUGGAAGUUGAAUGCUACAUUGCAGUAUCCGGAGCAAGUGCAGCCAGGGCAUAGUUUAAACAAACGAGAGAUGAUGGAAAUGGCUGAAGAUUUACAUGUCGAUAUUCCGGCUGGUCUUGUUUCUAUUGAUACAAACGAGCAAUUGGAACACACAAGCUAUCCUUUUGAAUUGAGCCACAUUUGUUUAAUGAUUCCAAUCGCUCAACCAAUUCCAAUCAAGGAUAUUUAUCUCAUUCUAUGUAAUGUCCGUCAUAUAAUCAUUGCUCUGGCUAUUAUCACUGGCUUUGGAUGCUUGCUCGGCCUGUACAGGCAUCUCACUGGACAAGUGAUCCGUCUAGUGGACUUUCUGCUUAGUGAUGUCGCUCUGCGAGGAUUCUUGGGCCAAUCAUUUGGCCAGAAUGUUGAACACACACCCAGACUUUGCAGCAGUUGGAUUUACUUAAUGCUUGGCUUUAUGGGUCUCAAUCUCAGUUCAAUCCAUGAAGCAGCGCUUGGUACCCUUUUAACUCAUCCGCCGAAACAUUUUCAGCCUCGCAGCUUUGCGGACUUGGAACACGCUUUAACGCCGUUGCCACUUAUCGUAGAUGUCACCGACUUUAACGAUUUCAGUAAGCUCAACUCCCUUUCUCUGCCUAUGCUGGCAGUUAAUUCCAGCGAAUUCAAUCAUCUGAGGGACAACUUCAAUAUGAGUCAUGUCUACUUUGCCUCCCGCCUCAAAUGGACUAUGUUGAGUGCCCAACAGAAGUAUUUCCCACAGGAAAUAUUUCUCUACUCCAAGGAGGCCUGCUUUAGUACUUUAACCCUUUUCGCAUUUCAGUUGCCCCAAAAUUCUUGGUUCGAGGAGCACAUUACCAGAUUGACUAUGGAUGCGAGAGCCACAGGCAUCUACCAGCACUGGGUAGACAUGCAUUUCUAUGAUAUGGCAGCAGCUGGAUUAAUCUCGUUCAGUGAUCCUGUUAGUCGACAAUUUCCGCAAAUCGGAGGAGCCUUGCAGUUGGAAGAUCUUCAGUGGAUUUGGUUGGGAUAUGCAGCUCUUUCAGGCACUGCCUUGGUCGUUUUUGGACUGGAAGUGAUUAUUAAACGAGCUUUAGAUUGA